AUGGAGGGAGAGAAGCUGCGUCUGGAAGACUUUGCCCAUUACCUAGAUGUCCCUGUGUCAGACAUGCUCAGAGACCUCUUCUCUCUCUUCAACGAGGUUAGGAAACACACUGAAUAUAUCAUCAUCCCAUUAGGAGCUUUGAAGGCCUACGUUACAUGUAGGUCAACUUCUAAAAACUCAGAAAACAGAAAAAUAUGUUACCCCUAUAUUGUGUAUUUUAAAAUUGAAAUACAGAUUUAGAUAUGAGAUAUUACAUUUAGAUAUGUGCUUUGCUAGAUUAUUUCUAACCAGUGCAUUUCCACUCUCACUCUGUUUUUCUCUCUUCUUCUCCAGCAGGAAGACAACAUGAUAGACAUCAGAGAAUAUGUCAUCGCCUUAUCUGUUGUAUGCAGACCUGCUAAAACUAUGGAGACCAUGAAACUGGCCUUCAAGGUAUGUUCUGCUCCAGCUCUGGUUUCAUGCUCUGUCAGGGGGCUUUUAGAGGGCUUACAACCACUGAUAUUUCUGAUGUUCUCCAUUUGAGAAGACGUCCUAAUGACCUAUGGUGUGAGUUGUAGAGUGUGUGUAGUUAUGAAAUUAUGGUCUGAGCGCCAGCUGGCUCAACGGGUGUGAGUGAGAUAUGAAGGGGUCAGGGUCAUCGUGUCAUCUAAUGUGUGUUGGUUAUUAUUUGCAUAUAUCCCAGAUGUUUGAGGCGGAGGAGGACGGUGCGAUCACAGAGGCUGAGUUGGCCUGCAUCCUAAAGACAGCGCUAGGAGUAGCUGACCUUAACGUCUCACGUCUCUUCACUGCUAUCGACACAGAGGACACAGGGAAACUGACCUUCGGUAAGAAACAACAUGUCUUAGCUUGUACUGCCCCCUUCAGUUUAGCUGCUCUUGGAGUAUUCGUGUGGGAUGAUUUUGGAACGCAACAAAUAAUAUGUCAAAGUUACGUUGUUUCUGUAAUCUCUAGUUAUUUUUUUAUUUCAUUUGUAAAUAUUAGGAGUGUGCCUAUCUUUGUAAAUGUGUACUUGUUUCCUUGUUUUUUUUAAUGGCGUGUCACUGCAUUUAACUUGCUUGGAAUAACCUUACCGUUGUGUCUGGCACCCUCCUGUGGUUGUAACAGACAAGUUCAGGAGCUUUGCAGAGCAGCAACCAAACUUCAGUGAGGACUACCUGUCCACAGACAAUACAGGCCUGAAUGGCUGCCCUCACCAGUCCAACAUCACGCCCAACGCCAAGCCCCAGACCAAUGGGUUCUGCCCUGACUUCAGCCCGCCAGACAACCACCACAGCACAACGACGGACGGUUCAGUGAAGAAACACAACUGA